AUGGUAAACAUACCCUAUGAAACCCAUUUCGAUCUGAUCAACGAACGUGAAACAAAGUUCGAUGAACUGCUCCGUCGCGGCGCAUUCUCGCCGUUACUUCUACGACAAGUAAUUGGCACUUUCUUUCUACUACUUAUCCCGCUUGUCAUACGUCAUAGAAGUGCAUCUCAUUCGAAGAUCUUGCGUUAUGGAUUCCAUGCCGUAAUCACAGCGGUUUGUGCAUAUACGAUACUUGAAGUGCGGUUUUUGGGUCCCGCGAAUGGCUACGGCACCGGGUUGAUUACGACUUGGUUUUAUAUAUGGAGUACCACGAUACUCCUGGCCAAUGAUGUACAGAGGGAUUUUAAAAGGAUCGUCAAGGAGCCUUCAGAUGAGAAAAAUGAAGUCAACGAGGAAAGUGGAUCUACGGAGAGAGUCGAGGGCACCUCGAAACUAAGACGCAGAACAGCUGAACAAACCCCUGGCCCCAACCAGAAAUCCCCAAAGGUCUACCGUUGGCAGCCCUUUCCACAGAAACUCUCAGAUAGGCUUGACUGGGUCAGUGAUUUGAUAUUCAACUUCAGAGGACCCAAUUGGAAUUGGCGCCUGAGAUCAUUGCCGCCUUUGCCAGAGCCCGUCCUCAGAGACGUUGGCGAGGAUACAGCCUCUGUUAAACAAACUAAAAAAUCGUCGCAAACAGACUAUAAAUCACCGUCUGUAAAGCUACGGUAUGUGCUACGUUCAUUCUUGCGAGACUACCUAGCGCUGGACCUUCUCAAACUGCUCUUGAUGCGUGAUCCAUACUUCUGGGGAUACGUAGAUAGUCCCCCAUCUCCACCAUGGCCUUUUGACAUGCUAGCCUGGUCUCCAGUUCUGGUCCGUUCAUACCGCAUCAUUCUCAGCCUAGCAUCUGUCCUCUUCGCACUCGACAUCAUCACCUCCUUAAACCCACUUUUCUUUCUUGGCAUAUCCUACCUCUUUCCUAAUUUCGCGUGGUCCAUCACCCAUCAAUCUCUCGGCGAAGCAUGGCUAUACCCAGACGCCUUUGGACCCGCAAUUUCCGUUCUCGAUCAGGGUUUGGUUGGCGCAUGGAAUACCUGGUGGCACCAGUUAUUCCGUUUCGGAUUCUCAGAGUGUAGCCGCUUCCUUACCGAUUUAGUGUUACCUACUAGCGGCAGCCAGAGCAAAGGGUACAAGUCUGCUCGACGUGUACUGCAGAUCAUGCUUGCAUUUUCCCUGAGUGGCUUGAUCCAUGCCAUGGGAAGUUACACGACUUUCUCCGACUCACAACCGUGGAAUGCAUUCCUCUUCUUUGUCCUACAGGGAGUCGGAGCACUGACACAGUACUUCGUCGAAGCAUCCAUCAUCCCCGCAAUCAUUCCGAAAACAUUUAGAUUUCCGCGAUGGCUCAUUCGAACUACAAAUCUCAUCCUGAUCCUCCUAUGGUUCUAUUAUACCGGCUCCUUGGUGGUAGAUGAUUUUGCACGUGCUGGGAUAUGGAUGUUUGAGCCUAUUCCGUUGAGUUUGUUGCGUGGAGGACUUGGGCUGGGUACCAAGGGUGAUCACUGGUGGUGUUGGAGAGGGUCGUGGUUUGAGUUGUAUUCUGGUAAUACCUGGUGGCAGAGUGGGAUUCGGCUUAUAUAG